GAUCAAGGAUGAUGUGCUAUUUUCAACGUAUAAAAAACAUACUAGUUACAAGAGAGAGACUGAACAGACGUUUAAUAAAGAGGGGGGGUUGGUACUCAAGGUAGUCCUGUGUCUUUUGAUAGGUAGAAAGUUUCUUUUAGAAUUGGUUCUUAGGUACACAAGAGAGAGGUAUACCAAGCUGUAUUGUGACUAUCCACUUGCGAAUUUAAAACGCGUUAAUUAACAGGCAUGUGCUUAGAUUAAUAUAAGAUAGCUUGAUAUUCAACACCCUCAUCGCAGUUUUGUUGUUUAUAUAAACAUGUUAUAAUCAUAGUUUCAUAAUAACCACCCUGGUAGAGAGUCGCGUUAAUUACUAUUAACCGAUAGUUUAGUGAACGUGAUUAGAAGGAUAGGCUGCAACACGGAUCAAAAUUCCACAAAUAAUAAUUUUUAUCAAUGUUAUAUAAAGUUACGGAGGGAGAGGCACAAAAAAAUGAGAAAAGACAAAAUAGGAACGAACUUUGGUAAAAACAUCUUACAAGGUCUGAUGUUACCAUGGUGAUUCGGGAAACAAUAUCAGAAGAGCACAGUAUGGAUGAAACAUCUACGUCAGAGGUGGAAAGCAAUCCUGAGCUUGUGGUUGCUAAAGGAUAUGGUUUGUCAACAGGGUUGGCUGGUCAACCAAAUAUAUUCUCACUUGACGCCAGGCAGGCUGGGUACGGUGAUUUCGAUGUGGUCAUCAAGGGCGUAUCACGUGCUUCGAUUGAGUACUUAGAAGAAGACGAAGCACUGUAUAAAAUUAAAUAUUAUGUUUCCUUGCCUGGUGAUUAUCAGAUUGAAAUAAAAUACGACCUGCAACAUAUACCAGGUAGUCCUUUCGCUUCAACUGUGUUGGACCCUAACGCAAGUGAAGAAAAUCGAAGCAGGGGGGAUAGCGAGUCAAAUGCAACAACAAGUGUUGACUCGAUUUCCACAAACGAAGCGAGCGAAGACGAAUACACAACCAACUGUCAAACUCUCCCAAUUUUGGCAAAAGUUUUGAGCCCUAGUGGCAAAUCGUUUAUUGGUGACGUCAUACGUAAAAGAAAUGGGAAAAUAUCAGUCAAAUUUCCGCGUGAAGAAACCGGCACGUACGUUGUUACCAUGGUACAGAAAGCAAGUGGAGAAACAUUGCCUGGUUCACCAUACAAAGUCGAUGUAGCUGCGCAAAAAAUAGAUACCAAUAUGGUAGCCAGUGGUGUGGGGCUUAAACAAGCUUGCAUAGGCGACACAAACUGCUUCACUAUUCUCUCUACAAAAGGAAUGAACGUUAACAAUCUGUGUAUAGGUGUACUCGGCCAAUCCGAUAUGAAAUUGAAAGUUUUUCAGAAUGAUUCUGAUUCGGUUGACAUUAUAUAUGAUGUAAAACAUGUAGGGAUGUAUAUCUUUCAUGUUCAUGAGAAUGGUUUGGAUAUACCUGGAAGUCCGUUCGAAGUACGGGCAGUUCAUGGAGCUAAUUCUGAGCAUAAUAACAAGAAAAACGAGAAAAGUAUGUUAACUACAUUAACACUGACUUUGUGGCACGGCUACGAUGCUUUUGGAUGUAACGCUAGAACAGAGCUAAAAGACACAACUGGAGGCUACUUAGCUCAUUCUGUCGUACGUCGUGGGCGACAUUUGCUCGAAAUUCGAUUUUUACCAAACAAGAAUGACGAAUUUACAAUGUCAAUAAAUUUCUCAGAACUUCUCCGCUCUUCACAAAUCUUUAAAAUAAAGGUGACAAACUUCCCUAUUGGAAAAGAAAUUUUUAAAGUAAGUGGUGACGGGCUACAUACAGCUUUCGUUAACAUUCCUGCAAGUGUCUACUUAGAUACGCUGCUACCGAUAUCCAGAUCGUUUACCGUCGAAUUUGACGGGCCGGAUAAAGUCGACAUUACUCAAAACCGUACCAAUGAUGGUAAAUUUGUAAUAAAAUAUGCCGGAAAACGCCCCGGUCGUUACAUUAUGUCGUUAAAAUACGACGGUUUCCAUGUUGGCGGAAGUCCAUUUCACGUAAAUUUAAAAGACCUCAACAGGAACAGUAAACUUUUAGCGUUGACACAAGACGACGGAAACGCAAUAGAUAGCAAUCCCAAAUCAUGUCAUGCUUUUGGCAGCGGUCUAUCCGACGCGAUUUGCGGGCAGCCAAGUAACUUUACCGUUGACGCGCUAAAAGCUGGAAGCGGGGCUCUAAUGGCGGGGUUUGACGACACAACUGCGCUGUCCGAAAUUGUAUGCAAACAUAUGGGCAAUUGUGUGUAUGAUGUGCAGUACAGAUUAGAUGAACCUGGUACGUACAAACUGUCUGUGUUAUGGGCUGGUGCGGACAUUAGUGGAAGCCCAUUUACUGUCGUCGUCAAAGACGAAAACAAUAAUAUGUGAAGUGCUUAUAAACAACAUAGAAAAUCUUUUGACUCGUUUAGUUCUGUCAUACUUACCUCCUUGAUCGUAAUUACCUUAAUAUCGGCCGCUUUUUGUAAAACGGCUCAGGGGUCACAAGUACGGUACACAAGACCCUGGGGACGAGGAUGGUUGCGAGCGAUGAAAACACAGUUGUUAUUUUAAAGCUUAUUUUUUAAAUUAAAAUCGAAAAUACAUCUAAAAACAGGAUCAAUUUUUGAUGUUGUGAAUUACUUUUUGAUUAAAAGAUCUAUACCCUGUGAGGAUUGGUUUUAAGAGCACCCAAAUGAAAAAAUUGGCCGAUGGUAGUUCUGUUCCCUUUUAAAAAAGCAAAAAAGUGUCCAUAUAUAAAUCUAACCU